CGUUGACCAUAUCACCAACCAACGGUUGACUAUGAUGACAUACGAAGGGUAUUUUGGUAAUUUAAUAUCAAGGGUUGAAAAAGCUGCAGCACGAACUGAAAUGGACGAAUUAGCGACUUGGUUGAGUGUAAUUUUAACAUCUCUCUCUUGAUCGCAAUAACAACUGCACUCACUUCGCGGUUGCAGUACCCGUCGCCGUCGCCGUCGCCGGAGUUUCAGUACCAGCCGCAGUGCUCCGGCUCAUACGGGCGCAUACUCAUAAUUCAUAAACUCACUCGAAGAGAUCGCAUUUUACAUCUAACGUCUAAACCCUAAUCACCAGUUGCUACGGUUUCAGAUAACAAGACAAAGAAGAAAAAGCUACUGGAAUUUAGGUUUUGAGGAGAUGGAGGAUUCAUUGGAGAAGUUAUUAGAAUCGGAGUCAUCGGAAAUGAAGGAUGAGCUGUCAAUGGAAAUCGAUCCUCCGUUCAAAGAGAACCAUGCGACCGCUGAGGAUUGGAGGAAAGCGCUGCAUAACGUGGUUCCGGCGGUGGUGGUGCUUCGUACGACUGCCUGCCGAGCUUUUGACACCGAAUCUGCGGGUGCUAGCUAUGCUACCGGGUUUGUUGUCGACAAGCGUCGGGGAAUUAUACUAACUAAUCGCCAUGUGGUUAAACCAGGUCCUGUAGUAGCAGAAGCUACAUUUGUAAAUCGUGAAGAGACUCCAGUCUAUCCCAUAUACAGAGACCCUGUUCAUGAUUUUGGAUUCUUUCGUUAUGAUCCUGCUGCAAUUCAGUUCCUGAGCUAUGAAGAGAUCCCUCUUGCCCCUGAAGCUGCUUGUGUUGGACUGGAAAUUAGAGUUGUUGGUAAUGAUAGUGGAGAGAAGAUCUCUAUUUUGGCUGGUACCCUUGCUCGUCUGGAUAGGGAUGCUCCACAUUAUAAAAAGGAUGGAUACAACGAUUUCAAUACUUUCUACAUGCAGGCUGCUUCAGGUACUAAAGGUGGUUCAAGUGGUUCCCCGGUGAUUGAUUGGCAAGGAAGGGCAAUUGCAUUAAAUGCUGGCAGCAAGACUUCUAGUGCUUCAGCAUUUUUCUUCCCUCUAGAACGCGUGGUGAGGGCUUUAAAUUUCUUACAAAAGGGAAGAGCUUCUGGUCAAGAUAAUUGGGAGGCUGUUUCAAUACCUCGUGGUACCCUCCAGACAACCUUUGUCCACAAAGGAUUUGAUGAAACCCGUAGGCUAGGCCUGCAAACCGAAACAGAGCAGCUUGUUCGCCAUGCAUCUCCACUAAGUGAAACGGGAAUGCUUGUUGUUGAUUCUGUGGUGCCAGGUGGCCCAGCUUAUAACCAUUUAGAGCCAGGUGAUGUACUUGUUCGCAUGAAUGGUGAGGUUACUACUCAGUUUCUGAAAAUGGAGACUUUACUUGAUGAUAGUGUUGGCCAAAAUGUUGAGUUACAGUUUGAAAGAGGUGGCACACCUUUAACUGUUCAGUUAAAGGUGGAAGAUCUACACUCCAUAACACCAAAUCAUUUUCUUGAAGUUAGUGGUGCUGUUAUACACCCUCUCUCCUAUCAACAGGCUAGGAAUUUUCGUUUUCACUGUGGUCUUGUAUAUGUAUCAGAACCUGGUUACAUGUUGUACAGAGCAGGGGUCCCACGACAUGCAAUUAUCAAGAAAUUAGCAAGAAAACAAGCUCUGGUUGUGGGUCCCACUUUGGAAGUUAUUAAAGGUGUUGAUGUUGGUGAACAAGUGGCUAAUGGUAUUACAAAUAUGGAAGAUUCAUCAUCUGAUAAUGGGAAUGGGAAUGCUUCUGUUGCUGAACGUGUUAUAGAACCCACUCUUGUCAUGUUUGAGGUUUAUGUACCAUCAUCAUGUAUGCUUGAUGGGGUCCACUCACAGCAUUUUGUUGGAACUGGUGUGAUUAUAUAUCAUUCACAAGACAUGGGAUUGGUUGCAGUUGACAAGAACACUGUUGCCAUAUCAGCAUCUGAUGUCAUGCUUUCUUUUGCUGCCUUUCCUAUAGAAAUCCCAGGAGAGGUGGUGUUUCUUCACCCUGUUCAUAAUUAUGCUAUUAUUGCAUAUGACCCUUCUGCCCUUGGAGCUACUGGUGCUUCAUUAGUACGAGCUGCUCAACUUCUUCCUGAACCUGGUUUGCAUCGUGGAGAGAGUGUAUACCUUGUGGGGUUAAGUAGAAGCUUACAAACAACAUCUAGAAAAUCUGUUGUGACAAACCCAUGUGCAGCUUUAAACAUAAGCUCAGCUGAUUCUCCACGUUAUAGAGCAACCAACAUGGAAGUGAUUGAGCUCGACACAGAUUUUGGUAGCAAUUUUUCGGGGGUGCUUACGGAUGAGGAAGGAAGGGUUAAAGCAAUAUGGGGAAGCUUCUCAACUCAGGUUUGUACUAAUCAUCGAUCAAAAAACAAAAAGAAAAGGAAGAUAAAAUACGGGGUGAAUUCAUCUGAAGACCAUCAAUUUGUUAGAGGCAUUCCUAUACAUUCCAUAAGCCAAGUCCUUGAUAAAAUCAUAUCAGGCGCAAAAGCAAAAGGUCCCUCCCUUCUUAUAAAUGGCGUAACAAGACCCAUGCCUUUAGUUAGGAUUUUGGAAGUUGAGCUUUAUCCUACUUUGCUUUCCAAGGCUAGAAGUUUUGGCCUCAACAACAAUUGGAUUCAAGCUCUUGCGAAAAAGGAUCCUGUGAGACGUCAAGUUCUACGGGUGAAAGGCUGUUUGGCUGGAUCUAAAGCUGAGAAUUUAUUAGAACAAGGGGAUAUGGUGUUGGCUAUUAAUAAAAAGCCAGUUACAUGUUUUCAAGAUGUUGAAGAUGCAUGUCAUGCAUUGGAUCUUUCUGAUAACAUGGAAGAGAAACUUCAAUUAACCAUAUUUCGUCAGGGAUGUGAAAUUGAAGUUGUUGUGGGAACUGAUAUACGAGAUGGAAAUGGUACAAAACGUGUUAUAAAUUGGUGUGGAUGUUUUGUACAGGAACCUCACCCAGCAGUGCGUGCCCUUGGCUUUCUUCCUGAAGAAGGCCAUGGUGUAUAUGUCACCAGGUGGUCUCAUGGGAGUCCUGUGCACAGAUAUGGUUUAUAUGCUCUUCAAUGGAUAGUGGAAGUUAAUGGGAAACCAACUCCUGACUUGGAUGCUUUUGUUAAUGUCACAAAGGAAAUUGAAGAUGGAGAAUUUGUUCGUGUAAGAACAAUCCACUUAAAUGGGAAGCCACGAGUGUUGACACUGAAACAAGAUCUACACUACUGGCCUACAUGGGAGCUAAGAUUUGAUCCAGAAACUUCAAUGUGGCAAAGAAAGACUAUUAAGUCAUUAGCAACUGGAGAUAAUAAUAAUAAUAAAAAUAAUAAUAGCCUUUGAAAACCAUGUACAUACUCCAUAUUUCAAAAUCCUAAGUCCUAUCUUAUAUAUUUGUUUCUGGAGUUGCCUUAAUUCAACUUCCAGAUAUACAUAUUAUAUAACUUAUAUACAUUACUUCAUGUACAUUUCAUGUCAAAUAAUUAUAACAGUGUAAUUUAAUUUGCAUUUUGGAAUCAUGGUUUUUGUUUCUUAGCCUCUUUGGUUAUAUACAUAUAUCAGAUUUAAAAAGAUUAUAUAUAUAUAAGAAAAAGGUUAUGAAUUACAUUACAAGAAUUCUGAAGGUGAAUUUGCAUCUGGCUUUCCAUUGUCAUCCAAAACACCUGGAUGCUGCAAAUUCUGCAAAACCUGUGGACCCAAAUUCCCCAAUCCAUCAUUCCCAGAUCCAAAAAACUGACAAAAAACCCUAGCCAUAACUCCAAGAAUCUGCAUUUGAUUCUGGCAAGCAUUAGCAUGCAAUUGCAUCAUCUGUUUCUCAUGUUCCAUUUGCAUACUCACCAUCUUCUCCCUCCAUUUCAUCUCCUCCUCCUCCCACCGCUCCUCCACCGCCAUCCGCCGCCUCCUCUCCUCCUCGAAUUCCAUUUCUAACUUCACCCUGCUCUCCACUUCCCUUCUCCCCAUCACCAUUAACAACUCUUCUUCUUCUUCUUCUUCUUCUUCUUCAGCAUCGUCAUCCUUUUCUUUUCCAUGGAUGUUUAUGUUCUUCCUUUCUUCUCUCG